GAAAGAUAUAUCUGGAUGUACAAUUCAGAGGUUGGGACAGCUGGAAAUCUGCCAUUGCACAACAUGCUGCGAUUAAGACACUCGUCCACCUUUUCGAUGGGAUUUCAUCUGUUAGCCAUCCUGGCUCUCUUGUUCUCCCACGCGGACCAUGUAAGAGCUGAGACAGAAAUGGAAGGAGAAGGCAAUGAGACGGGAGAGUGUACUGGCUCAUAUUACUGUAAGAAAGGGGUGAUUUUACCCAUUUGGGAGCCCCAAGACCCUUCGUUUGGGGACAAAAUUGCUAGAGCCACUGUGUAUUUUGUGGCCAUGGUCUACAUGUUCCUUGGAGUCUCCAUCAUUGCGGACCGGUUCAUGUCCUCUAUAGAAGUCAUCACGUCUCAAGAGAAAGAAAUAACCAUUAAGAAACCUAAUGGAGAGACCACCAAGACAACUGUGAGGAUCUGGAACGAGACGGUCUCCAACCUGACCCUGAUGGCCCUGGGCUCUUCUGCUCCAGAAAUCCUCCUCUCCGUGAUUGAAGUGUGUGGGCAUAACUUCACCGCAGGAGACCUCGGCCCGAGCACCAUCGUGGGAAGUGCCGCGUUCAAUAUGUUCAUCAUCAUCGCACUGUGUGUGUACGUGGUCCCGGACGGCGAGACAAGGAAGAUCAAGCAUUUGCGUGUGUUUUUUGUAACAGCAGCCUGGAGCAUCUUUGCCUAUACCUGGCUUUACAUUAUUUUGUCUGUCAUCUCGCCUGGGGUCGUGGAGGUCUGGGAAGGUUUGCUUACUUUCUUCUUCUUCCCCAUCUGUGUUGUGUUUGCUUGGGUAGCAGAUAGGAGGCUUCUGUUUUACAAGUAUGUCUACAAGAGGUACCGGGCUGGAAAGCAGAGGGGAAUGAUUAUUGAACAUGAAGGAGACAGGCCAUCUUCCAAGACUGAAAUAGAAAUGGAUGGGAAAGUGGUCAAUUCCCACGUUGACAAUUUCUUAGAUGGUGCUCUGGUUCUGGAGGUUGAUGAGAGGGAUCAAGACGAUGAAGAAGCGAGGCGGGAAAUGGCCAGGAUUCUGAAGGAACUCAAGCAGAAGCAUCCAGAGAAAGAAAUAGAGCAGUUAAUAGAAUUAGCCAACUACCAGGUCCUAAGUCAGCAGCAGAAAAGUCGAGCCUUCUACCGCAUUCAAGCUACUCGCCUGAUGACGGGAGCUGGCAACAUUUUAAAGAGGCAUGCAGCUGAUCAAGCGAGGAAGGCCGUCAGCAUGCAUGAGGUCAACACUGAAGCGGCUGAAAAUGACCCUGUUAGUAAGAUCUUCUUUGAACAAGGGACGUAUCAGUGUCUGGAGAACUGUGGUACCGUGGCCCUGACCAUUGUCCGCAGAGGUGGUGAUCUGACCAACACUGUGUUUGUUGACUUCAGAACAGAGGAUGGCACAGCCAAUGCUGGGUCUGAUUAUGAAUUUACAGAAGGAACAGUGGUCUUCAAACCUGGCGAGACCCAGAAGGAAAUCAGAGUUGGCAUAAUCGAUGAUGAUAUCUUUGAGGAGGAUGAAAAUUUCCUUGUGCAUCUCAGCAAUGUUAAAAUAUCUUCUGAAGCUUCAGAAGAUGGCAUCCUGGAAGCCAAUCAUGUUUCUACACUCGCUUGCCUUGGGUCUCCCUCCACUGCCACGGUGACUAUUUUUGACGAUGACCACGCAGGCAUCUUUACUUUUGAGGAACCCGUGACUCAUGUGAGUGAGAGCAUUGGUAUCAUGGAGGUGAAAGUAUUGAGAACAUCUGGAGCUCGAGGAAAUGUUAUCGUUCCCUAUAAAACCAUAGAAGGGACUGCCAGAGGGGGAGGGGAAGACUUUGAGGACACCUGUGGAGAGCUCGAAUUCCAGAAUGAUGAAAUUGUCAAAACAAUAUCAGUCAAGGUAAUUGAUGAUGAGGAGUAUGAGAAAAACAAGACCUUCUUCCUUGAAAUUGGAGAGCCCUGCCUGGUGGAGAUGAGUGAGAAGAAAGCCCUGUUAUUGAAUGAGCUUGGUGGAUUCACAAUAACAGGAAAAUACCUGUAUGGCCAACCUGUCUUCAGGAAGGUUCAUGCUAGAGAACACCCGAUUCCCUCUACUGUAAUCACCAUUGCAGAGGAAUGUGAUGACAAGCAGCCGCUGACCAGCAAGGAGGAAGAGGAGAGGCGCAUUGCAGAAAUGGGGCGCCCCAUUCUGGGAGAACACACCAAGCUGGAAGUGAUCAUUGAAGAAUCCUAUGAAUUCAAGAGCACUGUGGACAAACUUAUUAAGAAGACGAACCUAGCACUCGUGGUUGGAACAAACAGCUGGAGAGAGCAGUUUAUUGAAGCCAUCACUGUCAGCGCUGGGGAAGAUGAUGACGACGACGAAUGUGGAGAGGAGAAGCUGCCCUCAUGUUUUGAUUAUGUAAUGCACUUUCUGACGGUGUUCUGGAAGGUCCUCUUCGCCUUCGUCCCCCCUACAGAAUACUGGAAUGGCUGGGCAUGUUUCAUUGUCUCCAUCCUCAUGAUCGGCAUACUGACAGCUUUCAUUGGAGACCUUGCUUCCCACUUUGGCUGCACCAUUGGCCUGAAAGAUUCCGUGACGGCGGUGGUGUUUGUCGCGCUUGGAACUUCAGUACCAGACACGUUCGCCAGCAAAGUGGCAGCCACCCAGGACCAGUACGCAGAUGCAUCCAUAGGGAACGUCACUGGCAGCAACGCGGUGAAUGUCUUCCUGGGAAUCGGUGUGGCCUGGUCCAUCGCGGCCAUCUACCACGCGGCCAAUGGGGAACAGUUCAAAGUGUCCCCUGGCACGCUAGCUUUCUCUGUCACUCUCUUCACCAUUUUUGCUUUCAUCAAUGUGGGGGUGCUGCUGUAUCGGCGGAGGCCAGAAAUUGGAGGUGAGCUGGGUGGGCCCCGGACUGCCAAGCUCCUCACAUCCUCCCUCUUUGUGCUCCUGUGGCUCUUGUACAUUUUCUUCUCCUCCCUGGAGGCCUACUGCCACAUAAAAGGCUUCUAAAGGAACAAUCAGAUAUAGUAAAUUUAUAUAUAUAUAUAUAUAUAUAUGCAUAUAUAUAUAUACACACAUAAAAUUAUGUAUAACGAACAGAUGAAACUGAUAUUUGUCAUGUUCACUUACCUGCUGAUGGAAUCCAGCUUCAAGAGCAUACUCUGUACAAGGGCGAAAGUGAGAAACCAUCACCUCCCAUUCCCAGGGGCAUCGUCACAUUGAACGAGGCAUGGAGGCAGGGCCAUCUUCUUGGCUCAGCCCAGAAGGACUGUGUGCUUUCCAGGUUCAUAGAUAAUUAAGUCUUUGUUUUCUCUUUUUGUUUGUUUUCAGGGAGGGGUUGGGAGGUGGUUCAUGUUUGGCUUUUAUAUUGUUUUGUUUUGUUGAGAGGGUCAGGGUUUUUGCUUCUCUCGUGGGAGGUGAUGACCAAUCUAAAUGCAAAUGGGUUUUUGGUAAAAAUUUGGUAAAGAUUAAGAUUACUCUCUCUUCACCCACUUUAAAGAUUAUUUUGGAUUAAGCAAACAUAUAGGCAUGGAAGCAGCAGCAUGUCUUCACUUUAUUACUAAAUUUCAUGCUUAUCUCUGGAAUGUGAGCAGAGGUGAAACUGCCUCCACGAAGCGUGGGAGCUCAAGUGGAGCCCGGAUGUGAUGGCUCCAGAUGCAGUCUGAUGUUUAAAAAAAUGAUGCCUGGCACUCUUGUUCAACAGGGACAGGAACAACGUGCCUAGAUUCCCAGGAACAUGAAAAAUCCUUUAUUUCCUAUCUCUUUAGCUCUGGACUGUGAUUAGUGAGGCCCUUAUUCUGGUGGCCCAUCCCAACCCUCUUCCUUUCACCCACCACCCCUCAUGCAAACAGGAAGAAUAACCCCUACAUUCAAGCAGCACAUCAUCCUUUGUCAUUCACAUCCGUACGUGUCCCAGUCCUGUGUUGCUGUUGCCAGGGAUCGUUCAUGGGUUUUAUUUUCAGAAGUACCCCUGGCUCGCACAGUCCUGUUGCAGUCAUGGCUGAACACCUGCUCCUUCAUGUGCUUGUUCGGGAAUGUUGUGUGACACCUGUUACACAGUGCAUGGAUGAAAACAAAUAAACGUAUCUGUAUAUAGAGUAUAGCAUAUACUGUUCUCCCAUUCAGCAAUGUUGACUGGACAUUGAAGACCUACGUGUUUUAUUUUCACCUGAGAUGUAAUUUCUGUGUUGUUACUGAGUUUGGUUUUAUGAGGGAUCAGAGGAGACAAUGGCUUAUUGUUCAUGGAUCUGCACAUUCAUUUCUAAGAAGCAAUAACUGGUAUGUGGGAAGUAAAAGCUAUUGAGAGGACAGCAGGCAAACUACAAAGUGUCAUGGAAAGUUAGCCAUGUGAAACACACCAGCGGCCUCUAAAAAUUGCCUGUUGAUUCAGGAAGGCCAAGGAGAAAGGUGGGGGCCUGGGCUUCAGCAGCCUCCGUUUCCACAACACCCCUGCCCCCAGAGUAUUUAUUUCACGUCUGCUCUGUCUGGCACAGAUGGUAGAUAGUGCUGGUUUGUUUUAUUUUAUUUUUUUUUUGUAUAAGGCUAUUUUGAGCCCAGUUUCUUCCACCAUCCAGACCCUUCUGAUUGUAUCUGCAGUUCCUGAGUAGGAAAGAAGCCACAGUGACCAAUGGGCCUUUAUAAAAGUGCAUCUUCUGUACUUAUGACUAAGGUGUAAGCAAUUAAUGAGACAAUUAGUGCCUCCUGGGAGGAUUGCUCUGGAAGGUUUUUAACCCUGGAGAAGAAAUGGUUCUAUUUCAAAACACCAAAGAGCGUGGAUAAACCCAACAUUCCAAAGUAGUGAGCCAACUAAUGAGGAAAAAUGGAAUAACUUUGGUCUUCUCUCAGACACUUCUCUAUAAAGAAUCUGGGGACACCACUGACCCUCUGUGCUGAUUAGAGAUAUUUCAGAAAUAAAAGCUGUAGAGAGUUACUUUUUCUUCUUCUAAUCAGUAAUCAUGAUCAUUUGUCAUUUAAUAACUGAAUAAUUAAAUAAUGGUUUUCCACUCAAUAUGCCAGGUACUGUACUACUCUUGGGGACUCAACUAUGAAUGAGACAGCCUGGAUCCCUAUCCACGGCAGGGGUUCUCAGCUAAUGUGAUUACUAUUUGAUUACUAUUUGCAUGGUUAAAGUUAACACAGCCACAAGGAAAUGGUUUUGUCUUGCAAGCAAAGACGUAGUUAUCAAACUCAACACAUUGAAACUGUAGAAAUACAGUCAUCCAAAUAGCUAGGAUUGUCUUUAGCUACAAGUGUAGAAAGCAUAGGCUAGGAAAGCAUCCAAUGCAUCCUUGGGCAAUCUAGCAGCUGGGUCCAUCUCCCGGUUUUUAGCCAAGGGAGGCAAUCAUGUGAGUGAUCCAUCAGAUCACUGUGAAGGCCCAAUUAAUUCCAGUUUUCAUCUCUGUUGGACAACAGGACUUUUCUAUGGCCCACACCACUACAAUUCCUCAUAUGUCCUGGAGACACACACACCCUAACAGGUCAUCGCCCAGCAGUGGUGGCCUAACUCCUUGGGGGGCACAUUCUUACCCACCUUCUUUUUUGGAAGAUAUACUAAAUGGAAAACUAGUCUAGAAACACCAAGUAAGUAACAGUCAAAGGAUGUGAACUGUUUAAACAUUAGAAAGAUUUUGCACUCAAUUUUAGCCAUAUUUGGAAUGUCAGUAAACCCAUAGCAAAUUUUCACAGAGAACUUUAAUUCUUGCCGUUAAAUUUUAAUUUCAAAGCUUUUUGUUUUGUUUGCUUUUUAAAUGUUCAUGUUAUAGGGAAAAUAUGAUUCUGGUUGUUCAGGGUUAUGAAUAGAGUUGUGUAAUAUUUCAUUUUAUUUCAUUUUGUGUGUAUUGUGCACAGCUUUAGGGGGGAAGGUGCACUAAUUGUGCUGUUCCUUUUAAAUGGUACACAUUAUUGGCACAAAUAAAGUUUCUAAUUGUUUCUGAUUUUAUCACUAGUGAUACAGCAUAUUCUGUAUGGAAUGUUUUCUCUCAUUGUCAUCUAUUUCAUUUUUUUGUUUUCAUAUUUUGAAGAAAUAAAGACCAAAACAAUAUUUUUUGUGCAGUCAGUAUCCUCAACCAAAAGAAAGCAAAUAGAUACUAAGUAUUCAAACUUUUUCAAAUGUCAACCCUUUGGUCAUGCAACAUUUCCUUUUUAAUGUUCUCAGAGAGCAGAGUGUCAGAAUAUGUGUUGAUCUAACAGUACUGAGAUUAAUGUUGGAUGUCUCUCCAUUUCACUUUUCUUUUCCCCCACAUCUUUUAGUACAUUAUCUACAUUCUUCUUGCAUUCAAGAACAUGAACCCAUAACAGUUACACAUCAGACCACUUUCCUGCAUAGUGUUACACCAAAUCAAUCAAUCCCAAGAACACUGUCAGAGGUGUGUAACUAGUUGCUUCCCAAGGCAUACCUAAGUAAAUUGUAAUUUUAGUAUUUCAUACUGUAUUCCUCUUGAUUCCCAAUAUAACUUCUGCCUUGCAUUAUUUCUGACUGUAUAUUUAUAUCAUUUUCCUAUGUCAUAAUAAUCAGAACAGGAAGAGCUAACACCGGAAAUAAGUAUUUGUGGGGGGAAAAUGUGAUCUCUAGUUUGUAUACUUAUUUGCAAGUCUAUGUUAAUAUCAAUGGAUUUAUUCUUACUACAACAGACAGUCCACUGUGUACAUGUAAAUGAUAUGUUUUUCAUCUGAUCUCUAAAAUUUUCUUUAGAGUUGCUCAGUAUACCCAUACAUGGUUAUGUGUGGCACAUUCACAUGUGAAGGAAAUAAGGUACAAUUUAAAUUUUUCUUAAACAAUAUGUCUCCUGGAUACUAAUCUUUGGUUUAACACAAAAUGAGCAGCCAACAUUUACUUCUUUAAACAGCAAAAAGAGUAAUUCAAUGACCAGAGUACACUUGACUGUUUAACAACUCUUUGGCAAAAUGCCUUGGCCCAGUGAUUUUCAACCUCAUAUAAGCUAGUUUUAAUUCUUGGAAGGAUUCUAAUUCAAGCCUCCCACCAGUGAAGAUUUUAUAGAGCUUUGUUUUGCAUGGUUCACAGCAUAAACACACUAUGAUUUUUCUUGUCGUUUUUCAAAGAAAAGAUUACAAAAGAUGCUAUUUUAAACAACCCUGAGGCUAUUCUGAUAGGUGGAUCUCACCCACAGUGAAAAUCCCUAAGGCGGCCCCUUUCCCAGUGGUCUAUUAAUAAAAGCUCACUGCCCACACUGCCUUUUCCAUACAGGACUUGAUUCGUUGUUAAUACCACAGCCGAGGUCCCCUGAUACUUACCUGUCUAAAUGAAAGUGAGAUUGACUAGUUUGCUCUGCAUAUAUCUGAGAACUUUGUGGAAGCAAUUAGAACAAAUUAAUUUCCUCUGGUAGAUAAUGAGGCCCUCUGUUCUCUAAUAGUGACAAAACUUCACCAUCUCAAGAAGGUACACCAGCCCCUUUUUGACUUCUUCCUGUGUUUCCUGGCUCAAGAUGUGGAGUCUCACUUUUGAUUCUUUUUUUCUGUCUCUGACCUCUGACAGCUGCCUCCAGAACAAGUCUUGUGUAUAGUUUUAUAACUCCAAGGACACUUGGCCAUUUCAUGAUUGGUGAUGUUCGGCACUGGAUUCUCACCCUGACCUGCAUUUGGCAUUUGGCUUUUGUUGUAGUAAUCACUUCACUUGGCCACCACCUCCCAGCUGUUGUAAAAUUGGGCAUUCAAUUGAUAAACAAGUGAGUGCAUUAUGAAGAGAAAUGCAGAAUCAGAGUUAUCUUAUAUAGAGAGAAAGAUGUCAUGAGUAGACUCAUUAGCUUUUGUGCAGUUCUACCUACAGAUUUUUGUUAACAGACUGCAUUUAUGCUCUUUUUCAACCAUUACAUUCUUACCACUUCUAGCCCUGUUCACUGCCUUCCACCCAGCAUGCUUCAAGCACUGGGUGGUGCCAAUGGCAUUCCACCUACAGGAUAACACAGGACGGGGAAACAAUUGUAGUAGAUAUUUCAUUUCCGGAGCUUGAUCAGGCCACGGUCAAUCAUCUCCCAAAGCAAAGAAUGUCUUAUCUAUAAACAAAGCAACCACUGAGUUGGCACUCCCAAGGGAAAGAGCGCUUCAGCUUUCCAGCCCACAGGGCAUGGUGAGCAUAUAGCUUUCUGUCACUUUUUCCCUACCUGACAAAAUGCCCAAAAAGAUGUCCUCAGGAGCUCUACUAAUUUUGUUUUGUCAAAGGUCCACGAUUUAAUUUCCUAAGGGACCUUUAAAUCAGUGACCAUUGUGUAAUUUAUUGUUUUGAUUAUUUCUAGGGAAGAAUGUUACUUCAUAACUUCAAAAAGCAACAUGACUUUGUAGGUAAAACUACAGCCCAUAGCUUUCCAGGAAGACUUGUCUGCCCAGAAUCUCCUGGUCUGUCUGUGAUCAAUGCAGUACUUGACACCUGCUUCACUUGCUCACAUUCCUUAGAAUCAUGCUGUCCUAACCUUUUUUCAAAGACCCAGAGAGGUAUCCCCUUUGGCAUAUGCAAUCUCCAUCUUUCUUUUCUCUAAUUCUGACCUUUGUAGUUGUUCCUUGACUACUCCAAUCAUAUUCACUGCCGUUGGUAAUGCUCACCAUCACCUCUCAGCAAUGGGGAAAAGGCUUAUGAAAAAGUACUGCGGGCAUGUUUUUCUGAAAAUGAAUUUUUCAGAGGAAAAGAAAAUAUAAUGACAUUCCACCUAGAAAACAGUUGUUAGAUCAUAGUAUAGUAUCUCUAGAAAUGUUUAAGACAAAUUGUACCCUACAGCUACACGCUCCAGCAGCAUUGUUGAUCUUAUUCCUCUAUUGAUCACAUUUUUAUGCUUCAGUGCCUUUUAUUCUAUCAAUAUACGUAGAUAUGGUUUGGAAAUUAGGAGCUCCCCACCCCCACCCCCACCCCCUACACACACACACCCAACUCCUGUGAAAGUUUCUACAAAGGUGAAGUGUAUCAACAUAGAAAGCUACUUCCAUAACUCCAAGAAAUACCAGUGGGUCAAAUGCUUCUCUGUAUUAUAUUCCUGCUUUGCAAAUGGCAGGAAAAUCCACAUUUAAUAACCAAACACAUCAAAAAAGAAAUUAACUUCAAUGUUACUAAGUUGAUUUUGACAGUUGAUGCACAGCAUAACCCUCUUAACUUGAUGAUUGCAAAGACAGAUCUAGCCAAAUCCAAGAGCUCUUCUGGGGGGGAGUGGGAAAUUAAUUUACUAGAAUCACUAUACAGCCCUCUGUACUGGAAAUUGUUUAUUCACCUAGAAGGAUCUACAGAGAUUGUUUCCCAGAGCUUUUCCCUAAAUUCCCAAGUCGAAAUAAACUACUUUUAAUUACAGAACUUUUUAUUAGAUUCCUUGAAGCCACAAGGUAGGAAAACAGAUACGUUUUUUUAGGAGAUUUUUCCUAAAAAUGUGGUUCUAGGUUUGCAGUGACCCAUCCUCUAAAGCAUAGAUCCCAUUCUUUCCAAGUGGAAGGAAAAAUUCUGUUAAAUAAAUAAAUAUAUAACCACUUUUCAAAUAUUUCAGUUAAAAAAAUCAACCAUAGAUGUAAGGUAAAAGUGAUAUGCUCCAGAUGGCUAAUAUUGAAAAAACAAUUUUCUCUAUAGAUACCUUUCUCUAACUGCUUAUACUUAAAAAACUUUGAAAAAUACUCCAAGGAAGAAAUCUUAAAAUUUUUUUGGUCUCAUAAUGUUCAUGUAAUUGAUUAAUAUGGCUAAAAUAAUAUUUUAGGUGAGACUUAUCUAUGUUGUUGACAAGAAUGUAUUUUAAAUUGAGAGAAUUAGUACAAAGAAAAUGGAAGAAAGCUUUCAUCACAGAUUACCCUUGUCUAAAAUGUUUGAAAGUCAUCAACUUUAAGGAAGAUAGAUUCCCAGUUUCCAGAAACAAUAUAAUUUUGAUUUGUAGUCUCAGUUUUUACAUGAAAAUCAAAGCUGGACAUACAUAACUUUUGGCUUUAGGAGCCAAAAAUAAAGUAAGCUUUUGGCACACUUUUCCAUAUUACAGUUAUUUUGUGAAAUAUACUACACUGGUGUUUCACAAAAGUGCCUUCAAUAAUUGCCCUCUUUCCUUUUUUAAGCCAUGAAGUUUCUAAAUUUUACAACUUAAUUCGACAAUUUCAUUUAUAAAAGACUGAUUCCAUUCUGAUGUUGUUAUUUACAUUUCAGAAUUAAUUUUAAUAUUUAAAAGAGUCAAUAUACCAGAUGGGAUAUUGAGCCUGACUCUAUCCCAAAUAAACAAUAAAGUGCAGACAGACCUACCAGUAGUUAAGAGGUUUCUGAAACAUGCCUUUUCAUGCACAGCAAAGAGAAGUGUUGUUUUCAAUCUUCUUUCUACCCAAAGUUGCCAUUUCAACUGGUGGAAAAAAAAAAAAAAAAACAGGAUUUGAAAUGCUAGUUUGAAGAUUAUUUCUAAGAGAUCAGACAUGGUUUCAGCAUUAAAUCUCCUCUAACCCAUCUGUCUUGAGCAUAAAGACACAUAAAUAGAAAAAUACAUGAUACAUAUCAAAUAACUUGCAUUACUUUUUGGAUGUCUAGGUCUGCUGUGAGAGCCCAUGUCAGGAUAGUGCUCGUUUUUAUCAAGUCCCUUUUAUAAAUGAAACCUGGGGAAGGGAGAUGAAAGGAAACAAAUUCUGGAUUCUUUUUUGUUCUUGUUAAAGAUGCAAAUGAAAGUGGUUUGAAAAGUGCUUAGAAUGUUAAUUAUUUGCAUCCUUCUAAAGACAUAAGUAGGUUUUUUUAAAGAAAUUCAUUUUUCUUCCCUUCAUUUAGCACACAUUUCUGAAAAUCUUUAAGAGCAGUUAGGGUUUGUUCCUGACUUUUCCAAUUACCCUCUGCCUUUGGAGGGGGAAGGGAGAGUGGGUAUUGAAAACAGCUCUUUAAAAAAACCUCAUGUAGGUCAAAUCCUGGAGGAUUAAAAUGAUGAGAUUUUAUAUUUUCCCUGGAAACAUAAUACUGAGCAGGCAGGCACCCUGCUCAUCAGGUGGACAUUUUCUAGAAAUGUGUUUCGGCAUGUUGGGGAAGAAAGGGGAUGGGAC